CGACUAUUUUGAGCCCAGUGAACAUAAAAAUACAGUAACAAUCCAAAAAGGUCUUCAAACUUAAUCAUAUGAAUUCAAAAAGGAGACCUAAUUAUCUAAAUUAUAAUCCAAAGUGACUUUAUAAAACAUAUCUUCAACAUAUACUACAGCCCAUUAAAGUACUUUAAGCACAAUAAAAGGUACUUUAAAUAAAGAAUAAAGAGGUUCAUAGAGAGUAAAAGACAAAAAAGACCGAGCAACAGUAGAAUAAGUAUUAGACCCAAAGACUCGAGUUAUAUUAGUUAAAUUACUAAACAAGAAAAUUAUAAAGGAAAUAAAUGGAUGUAUUUCAACUGGAAAAGAAGCAAAUGUAUAUCAUGCAAGUAAUGAAAAAGGGAAUGAAUUUGCAAUAAAAAUAUAUAAAACAUCCAUUUUAGUAUUCAAAGAUAGAGAUAAAUAUGUAGCUGGAGAAUUCAGAUUUAGAAAAGGACAUUGUAAGGGAAAUCCGAGAAAAAUGAUAAAACUUUGGGCCGAAAAAGAAAUCAGGAAUUUAAAAAGAAUCCAAUAAAGCUCGAUUCCUUGCCCUGAUCCGCUUUUAAUAAAAUCUAAUAUCCUAAUGAUGUCUUUUAUUGGUAAAGACGGGAAAGCGGCCCCUAGAUUAAAAGAUGCAGAAGGACUUUUAUAGGAAGAUUAUAGUAAAAUAUAUCUUUAAUUAUUGAAAAAUAUGAGGACUUUAUACCAAGACUGCCAUUUAAUACAUGGAGACUUGUCUGAAUAUAACCUUUUAUAUUAUAAUGAGAUUUUAUAUAUGAUUGAUGUCUCUUAGAGUAUAGAACAUGACCAUAAUCAUGCUUUGGAUUUCCUCAGAAGAGACAUAUUUAAUGUAAAUUCUUAUUUUAAGAAAAAAUAAGUUCUUACAUUUGGAAUGAAGUAAGUUUUCGAUUUUAUCACUGACCUCUAAAUUAAAGAUGUGGAUGAAUAAAUAGAUUAAUUAAUAAAUAAUAGACAUGAAGAUACUGAGUAAGAGGAAAAGAUUUUCGCAGGAAUUUACAUUCCAAGAACUUUAAGUGAGAUUAGUUUAAAGUAAAUAGAGGAAAAUAUUAUUAAUAAAUAAGAUAAUUUAGUUUAUUCAAAAUUAACGGGAUUAAUUCUUUAAGAAAAUAAUAAUAAUGAUUUAAAUAAAUAAAGUUAAUUAUAAUAACAAUAAUAAAUAGAAAAUAAUAAUCAUGAAAAUGAUAAUAAUAGCUAUGAUAGUAAUAAUAGUGAAGGUAAUUAUAGUAGCAGUGAUAAUGAAAGUAGUAAUAGUGAAGAUAAUAGUAGUGAAAAUAGUGAAAAUAUAAAAGACGAUGAAAAUUAGAACACCAACGAAAAUUAAUAAGAUGAGAAAAAUGAAGAGGGCGAUAAUUAAGAAUAAAUUAAAGAUAAAAAAAAGAAGGGAGGAGUUAGUAAAUAUGAAGGGUUGAAUAAAUAAGAUAGGAAAAAAUAAGUAAAGUAAGAAAAAAAAGAA